GGCAGGAAAAGCAAGGGGAGGGGUGACACACAGAGAGUGCAAGUGAGGCGCAUGUGUGUCAUGCACGUUGGAGGUCUUGGGGUGAUGGUUAAACCCCAAAAAGGAUUCAAGCAAAGGAGACCAACAUCCAGCAGUGAACUGUCAACUCUCAGUGUUGAAGGAAGAGGUCACUGAAUGGUUUUGAUAUUUCAGGACAUUUUUACAUUUUUUGUAGCCUAGGUAAACAACCGAGUAUCGUUGCUGUGCAAAACGCAGGGCAGCGGGGAAAGGGGGAGUGUUUUCCCCUGUAGAAAUUAUGAACAAGACUCAGGUUGGAGACACAGCAAUCGCUCCACCUGCGUCCGAAGUGGUCGCACAGACAGCGGUUAUUGUGGCGGUAUCUCCGGAGAGCAUGGACAACCUCAGCCCGAAGCGAGUGUCUGCCAACGAUUUAGAAAGAGAAGUGCUACAAGGUGGGAGAGGAGACGGUUCACUGCGACAAGAUCCCGCGCCAGCCGUCGCACCAACGGUCCAUCGGACGACUUCAUUUUCAGUUUUGGACAUUUUGGAUCCGAAUAAGUUUACAAGUAAAAAACCAAGAACAGUCAUCGAUUUCACCUUAGGGGCAGAGAACCGAGGGGACGAGGAAUCGUCACAUGGAUCCGACCAGAAAACAUACACAGACUACGAUACUUGUAAAAAAUCUUCAUCAUUAUCAAAAGAUAGCUAUGUAUACAGGUCUGACGACUGUGAACACGACUUCAUCCAGGGGAACCACACAGACAGUGAGAUGCAGGACGAGCUCUGUAGCGAGGAGAGUAGCAGCGCGCUUAUGAGCAACGCGGACGGAGGAUUAGAUCCCCAUGAAGAGGACAACGCGACAGAGAAAAGUCCGAGUCCUGCUUGCACACCAAAUCAGCAGUCGUCAUCAAACGGUCAAAGCAACCAGGUAAAACCUAAGAGAAAGCGCUCUGGUUCAGACUCCAAGUCGGGAAAGCCUCGGAGGGCUCGUACAGCAUUUACCUACGAACAACUUGUUGCACUCGAGAACAAAUUCAAGUCUACCAGGUACCUCUCCGUCUGUGAACGACUCAAUUUGGCGUUGUCACUCAGCUUGACAGAGACACAAGUGAAAAUCUGGUUUCAGAACCGGCGUACGAAGUGGAAAAAACAGAAUCCUGGGGCAGAUACGAGUGCCCCAACUGGCAGUGGCACGAACGGUCAGAGCAACGGAUUGGGGGGCCUCAGCCCUCUGAGUCCGUCCCCUCCAAUGGGCGGUCAUCUGUCUAUGCACACCAGCUACCCGGGCCAUGCACCAGGGGGACUUGUCUGUACGACUCAAUUACCGUUUCUGCCAAGUCAUGCAGUUCUCUCACCUUUCAUGUUAGGUUCACAGACAUAUGGAGCGCCCACAUUUUACACUCCGCACUUAUGAAAACUAAUCGAAACAAAACAUCUGAAGAAAAAAAACUGUAAAUAUGGAAAUACGCUUUUCUACAUAUUACAUUGAAGUCAUGUGUCGAAUCACUUUGUAAAAGGUAUAAUAUUUUAAUAAUAUUUUAAACAUUUCUAAUGAUCUUGAGAGAAUGUCAAUUGCAAAUUUAGCUUGCGUUCAGGGAUAUUAAGAAACCCUUUUAAUGCACUUAGAAACUUUCUUUAUUGUCUUGACGGAGAAUAUUUAUCCUGACUUUGCUCAGAGUUGUAAGAUCUGCCUGGAUUUUUGUUGAAGUUGUAUUUAAUAGAAUUUUCUUGUUUUAUAAACUUACUCUAGUUUUAAUUGUAAAUAUUAAAGAUGUCAACAGUCCUAUUUGGAAUGCAACGGAAGAAAUAGCACAUCAGACAAUAAAAGUAUAUCGACAACAAAA